AUGACGGAGUUGAAAUACCUCUCUGGGUUCGGUUCGGAGUUCAGUUCGGAGGAUCCACGGCGUCCGGGUGCGUUGCCGGUUGGUCAGAACUCUCCACAAAAGUGCCCCUAUGGCCUCUAUGCUGAACAGCUUUCGGGGUCCGCUUUCACUGCCCCAAGAGCUGACAACAAACGAUCGUGGUUGUACAGAAUUCGUCCAUCAGUCGUCCAUCGACCAUUCAAAAGGGUUGAACUCGCCAAAUACUUGACACAUAAGUGGGACGACGAGGAGCCCGACCCGAAUCAGUCCCGUUGGCUGCCUUUCGACAUGCCGCCGGCAGAAGAGAAGGUAGACUUCGUGGCUGGUCUCCAUACGGUGUGCGGCGCUGGCGACACCCGAGCCCGCCAUGGCAUCGCCAUUCAUGUAUACCUUUGCAAUACGUCCAUGGAAAGGAGCGCAUUUUACAGCAGCGAUGGAGACCUGCUGAUAGUGCCACAACAGGGAGCGUUGAAGAUCACCACCGAAUUCGGAAUAAUGGAAGUAGCUCCCAACGAGAUAGCUGUAAUCCAGCUAGGAAUGAGAUUUUCCGUUGCGGUAAAUGGACCUACUCGCGGUUACAUACUGGAGGUGUUCGACGGUCACUUCAAGCUGCCCGAUUUGGGACCGAUAGGGGCGAAUGGUUUGGCCAACCCGCGCGACUUUCUCACACCAGUCGCCUGUUACCAUGACGAGGAGAUACCUGGAUUCAAAAUAAUAAGCAAAUACCAGGGCGUUUUGUUCGAAGCUGAACAAAAUCACUCACCUUUCGAUGUAGUGGCCUGGCAUGGGAACUAUGUGCCCUAUAAAUAUGAUUUAAGCAAAUUCAUGGUGAUCAACUCUGUUUCAUUCGACCAUUGCGAUCCGUCUAUAUUUACGGUACUCACGUGUCCGUCCACGAAACCCGGUGUUGCAAUUGCAGACUUUGUUAUUUUCCCGCCACGGUGGUCAGUACAAGAGAACACAUUUAGACCACCUUAUUAUCAUCGCAACUGCAUGAGUGAGUUCAUGGGACUGAUCUUCGGUUCCUACGAGGCUAAGGAGGGUGGAUUCCUCGCUGGCGGGGCCUCUUUACACUCCAUCAUGACACCGCACGGGCCCGACGAGAAAUGCUUCAUGUCAGCCUCCAACGCUUCGUUGUUGCCUCAAAAGAUCGCUGUCGGCACUCAGGCUUUCAUGUUCGAGUCAUCAUUGAGCAUGGCCAUUACAAAAUGGGGCAUAAAGACGUGCCAGAAAUUGGACGCCAAAUACUAUGAGUGUUGGCAAAAAUUACCCAAACUGUUCUCAGACAUGAUAAAUGUU